AUGGCGCAACUACCUCCAUCGAGCGGGGGCGGCAUGCCCUCGUCCUUUGACGAUGACAACGAGCUUCGCAACGAAAAGGCACUGCACAAGGUCUUUCGCAAGAUCAAGGAAGAGCCGCUUGUGCCGCUAGGCAUCGGUCUUACCGUCUUCGCCUUCAUCAACGCAUACCGCGCCCUGCGCCGCGGCGACUCGAAGCAGGCCAACAAGAUGUUCCGCGCGCGCGUCGCCGCCCAGGGCUUCACCAUCAUCGCCAUGGUCGCCGGCAGCAUGUACUACAACCAGGACCGCGUCAAGAGCAAGGAGCUGCGCAAGGUCAAGGAGGAGACGGACGCCGAGGAGAAGCGCCAAAAGUGGAUUCGCGAGCUCGAGGCCCGCGACGAGGAGGACAAGGCCAUGCGCGCCAUGCUCGAGAAGAGGGCGCUCGAUCAGGUUGGCGCGGCCGCUACCGAAGCCGACCCGAAUGCGCAGAACGGCACCGGCGGCAUCCUCGGCCGCAUGGGGCUCUGGGGCCCCGCGGAGACAAAGACAGCUGAGGAGCAGGCCGCUGCCGCCGCCGCUGCCGCUGAUGUUGAGGCAUCAAGCGAGAAGAGGAGGGAGAACCCCAGAAGCUCAUUGGGUGCGCUGGGAGAAGUAUACGGCUCGAAGAAGAAGGACGAUGGCGAGUCAAAGAAGUAA